AUGUCCACCAUACGCGCGGGUGGCCACGCGCUUCGCGCCCCUCACCGCCCGGGCGCACCUUACUCACAAGUCCCCGCGCGCCGCUCGGGGCCACGGCAGCAGCUACGACCCCCCCCGGCGGAUGGGCUGUUUGGCGUCAAGCCCGGCGAGAACCCGGAUACUAGCAUUCAAACCUGGGCCCUGGAAGAAGCACGACGCAGACUCGAAGCCGAGGGCAUCCUGCCCGACCCCGACGCGAAGAAGGAGGAGUAA